AUGGUCUGCACAUCCAAAUCAUUUGGUCUACCGGCAUUACUGGCUCUCCUCAUAUCACUCUCUACCAAUGCUAUCGCCACAAUCACCCUCAAAGGCCAGACCAUUGAAUUCAAUGGCAAGACCUACUACGCCCCGCCAACAGCAGUGGCAACCCUGAAAACCGCUUCUGGGGGCCAAGUCAGCAAUGAAAACAGCUUGCAACCUCUCACUGUGAUCCGGAGUGAUUAUUUGAAACUGACAAGCUCCAUAAUCGAGUCCUUGGUAGAAAGCUACCAGUCUACAGACGAUGUUUUCAAUACGGGAUUCCUCGAAUAUAUUUACGUGGAGUAUAACGGUACCCACGAAUCGCCAUCAGAGAAUGUAUCCCCACCUUCUGCGUGGAACACUAAGUUCCUUGGAUUCGCUUCGGCAUAUGACACGAAAGCGUCGACAAAGCUGUCGUCGUCGAAGAGCUUGCCUGCUGGCCCUUAUUUCCUCAACCCAUCCAGUGGAGAGGUCUUUGAGGCUUAUCUGUUAUAUUCAGAUGUGAUGGGUUCUUUCACUCAGGGAUUGAUCGCAAUUGGUGACGAUGAGUAUGAUGUUUUGCCAGCAAACCUACCGGGUUAUGCCUCCUUGACAAUUGGAGUUCCUUCGAGAUUGUAUUUCACGAAGACGGCCGAGAAGCCUCUAGCUGGUGUCCGUCUCGGAGUCAAAGAUCUCUAUAACAUCAAAGGUGUGAAAACGGGGUGUGGUAACCGCGCCUACUUUGAUACUUAUCCAGAAGCCAAUGCCACAGGCCCUGCAAUUCAAUCCCUCAUCGAUGCCGGAGCCGUUAUCGUUGGAAAGAUGAAGACAAGUCAAUUCGCUAACGGUGAAACUGCUACGGAUGACUGGGUCGAUUACCACUCCCCCUUCAAUGCCCGUGGUGACGGGUACCAAGAUCCAAGUUCUUCAUCAUCUGGUCCAGGGUCUGGAAUCGGAGCAUAUGACUGGCUGGACCUGGCCAUUGGAAGUGAUACCGGAGGUUCAAUCCGGAACCCGUCCCAAGUGAAUGGAUGUUUCGGCAACCGGCCCUCAUGGGAUCUGGUCUCAUUAGAUGAUGUGAUGCCCAUGUCUCCACUCCUGGAUACAGCGGGCUUUUUGACAAGAGAUGUGAAGUUGUGGAGGGCUGCCUCUGAGGUGUUGUAUAAGGAUGCGGGCUUGAAGUCCUACACGAAAUACCCGAAGAGUAUCAAGACCAUUCAGUUCCCGACCAGUGCGUCCACUACCGCGGAUGGAAUUCUUAUUGAUUUUGUCGACCGCCUAUCGACCUAUUUGGGUGGUGCUAAUGUUUCCACUUUGGAUUACGAUGAUCUAUGGGAGGCUACCAAGCCUUCAACGGUGUCGACAAACGAAACUCUGACGACUUUGCUGAAUAUCACUUACCCAAUCCUCAUCUCAAAACAGCAGUACCCUCUUGUUGCUGCCCCGCUGUAUGAGAAGUAUGGGGCUGCGAAUGGAGGUCGGAGGCCGUUCAUCGACCCUGUUCCUCUCUCCCGUUGGGAUUGGGGGCUUGAGUAUCCAGAUUCGCAACUGGAAGCGGAAAUUCAGCACAAGGAUAUCUUCACUAGUUGGUGGAAUAGUACUGUUCAGGUAUUUGAUCAAGAAACAUGCUCCGACAGUCUGAUUUUGUAUGUUGGGACUGCGGCAACGCCAACGUAUCGGAAUGCUUACAGGAGCAUGCCCGGUAUUCCUAGUGGAUUUGCAUCCUCUCGUAUUGCCAACUUUGCUGGAGUACCUGACAUGGUUGUCCCAAUUGGCCAAGCAUUAUACAACUCUACCAUCACGCUACAGGAAGAAUAUUUACCGGUUGCAGUGGACUUCAUCGUGCCUCACGGAUGCGAUCUUAUGGUUUUCAAUUUGGUGAAUGAGCUAGUGGAGACGGGAAUUGUCAAAGAGCCUGUUGCAGGAUCAACAUUGUAUGGAGAUGGGGUGACCUAUUAUUAA